AUGACCUCCCAACAGAGCGUUGCUGCUGUACCCGGCAAGGUGGCUUCAAUGCCACCACCGUGGUGGAAACGGCGGGCAAUCGUCGCUCUUGGCAGCAUUGGUGUCUUUGUGGUCCUGGCACUAGCUCUUGGGGUAGGGCUCGGUGUUGGCUUGAAGCAUAACGACCACCGUUUGUCUACGAGCAGCGCCAGCGCACCGUCAAUUGCGUCCUCCGUAGAGUACAACCCACCGCUGGGCAACGAGUCAUGGAGACUUCCCUCGUCCGAGUACGUACUGGACAUGACGAGUUGGGAUCUGAAUGCAGAACCCACCACGCGCACAUACAACUGGACGAUAUCCGUGAUUGAUGCCUUCCCAGAUGGUGUUCUGCGUCAAGUUCUGGUCAUCAAUGAGAAAUAUCCUGGUCCGAUGGUGCGAGUAAAUCGAGGCGACCGUGUUUUGGUUAACGUGACGAACAACAUGCCCAACGCCACCACAAUCCACUGGCAUGGCCUAUUUCAAAAUGGCACCAACUGGAUGGAUGGAGUGCCCGGGAUCACGCAGUGUCCUAUCCCACCGGGACAGAGUUUCCUCUACAACUUCACCGUGGAAAACCAGUUCGGCACGUUUUGGUAUCAUUCUCACGCAUCAACCCAGCGCAUGGAUGGUCUAUUCGGGCCUUUCAUCAUUCAUGCCCCCGAGGAGGCUGAAUACCAGACGCGCUAUGGAUAUACGCAGGAUCAGGUUAUGGUUCUUCAGGACUAUUAUCAUGACCUCAGCGCGGCUUACCUCCCCGAAUAUCUCGCCCCCGGCAACGAGAAUACCGAGCCGGUGCCGGACAACGGACUGAUCCAAGGGACAAACUACUGUCAGAUGCGUCGCGACAUCACGAUUCCCGCUAACCGAGGCAGCUUCAACUGUUCCUCCUAUGAGGCCAACAGUGGAUAUACAUGCUACGACAACUCCUCACGGGCUCUUUUCCCUGUUGAACAAAACACGAAAACCCGAUUCCGGAUCAUCAAUACGGGAGGAUUUGCCACUUUCCAGUUUGCAAUUGAUAACCACACCAUGACUGUGAUUGAGGGGGAUAGCACCAUGGUGGAACCAUUAGAGCUCCAAAUCCUGAAGAUCGCAUCGGCUCAACGUUACUCAUUUGUGCUUAACGCUAAUCAAACGGCGCAAAACUACUGGAUGCGGGCGGAAAUGGACACCAAUUGUUUCUUCGUCCAAAAUCCAGUCCUCAAUCCCACAGUUCUCGGAAUUUUGGCAUACGGUAACAACACUGCAUUGCCGGGAGUGGAGUCAGUGGGUUGGAAUAAUCCCAUGGAUCCCUUAUGUGAAGAUUUGAAUUCGACUCUUCUUGUGCCCUCCGUGGUACAGCAGGCGCCCCCUGCAGACAAUCUAUUUGUUAUCCAGGUUUCCUUCCAGAUUGGGGACGAUUCCUUGGACCUGGCGUACAUUAAUGGCACGUCCUACAAGGUAUCUCAAAUUCCCACUCUGAAUUGGAUACUUCCCCACCUACGCGCUGGGAAUACUACCUUCAAUCAGACUGGAGCAGGGGCACCGUACGGAUUACAGAGUCAAUACAUUCUCGACAUCCCUGACAAUCAGGUCGUUGAUAUUCUCAUCCAGAACUUCGAUGAUGGCUCCCACCCCUUCCACCUGCACGGGUAUGAGUUCUGGGUCAUGGCUAGCUCCCAGGAGCAGUACUUCCCCUGGGAGAUUUAUGACUCGUUGAACACCACGAAUCCUAUGCGCCGUGACACCGUGAUGGUGGACGCAUAUGGUUGGACCCUAAUCCGGAUCCAAGCUGACAACCCUGGCCUGUGGGCAUUUCAUUGCCACAUUUCCUGGCAUGUUGCCGCCGGUCUCCUGAUGCAGCUUCAAACGCGCGAUGACUUGAUGAAGGACUGGACGAUUCCAAGUGAUGUUCUAGAAUUAUGCCCGGCCUAA